ACCGGUCUCUCGUUCCUGUUGUCCUUCUUUCGGUUUUCCCGCAGACAUGAAGGCGACUCUGAAAGGCAGGUACGACCCCGACAAAAGCAGCUCCGUCGCUUCUCUAGCGGCCGGCAUCGGCGAUGUAAAGCUACGCGCCACCGUGACUGACGCCACCGUCGUCAAGGGUCCCAGCCUAAACGGCCUCACUCUAGCUCUAGAAAAGCCUGGUUUCUUCAUCAUCGAUUACGACGUCCCCAAAAAGGAUGUUCGAUUUCAGUUUAUGAACACGAUUAGGGUUGCGGAGAAGCCGUUGAAUUUGACGUAUAUUCAUAGCAGAGGGGAUAACCGGACGAUACUGGACGGCGCACUCGUGUUCGAUUCUGCUAAUAAGGUAUCGGCUAAUUACAUGGUUGGUACGGGGAAUUGCAAGGUGAAGUACACCUAUACUCAUGGAGGGGUUACUACGUUUGAGCCUUGCUACGAUUUUGGGAAGAAUUCAUGGGAUUUUUCGAUUGCGAGGAAGGUUUAUGGUGAUGAUGUGUUUAAGGCUAUUUAUCAGACAUCAAACCAGCACUUAGGUCUGGAGUGGUCGAGAAAUUCUAUGUUGAAUGGUUUUAAGAUCUCAGCAUCUUUCAACCUGUCUGAAGAAUCAAUAGUUCCAAAAUUAAGCGCUGAAACUACUUGGAACUUGGAGAUGUGAUUUAAGUAUUAUUUAGUUUCCUGUCGUGUCCACAAUCCGUUUGACUAUUUUUUAGCACUACUUUGGGUAGACAGCUUAUUAUUAUUUACCGUUAUUAACUGCAUUAUUCAUCAAAAUAUUGUUGUGCCCUUGACUAGGGUCAUAUAAUGAGCUGAUUUCCAGGCCAAUGACAGCUUAUUGGCAUUCAGUUAUAAAAUUAUAAUAGUGCUUUUCAUUUAUGAAUUAUUGGGUGUGUGUCUGUUCUUUCAUUGUACAUACUUGUUAAUAACAUUUUGUUAUGCUU